AUGCAAGACCAAGCUAAUUCCACGAGCCCUAGGCAGAGCCUCUGCACAGUUGAAGGCCCCAUCAUCGUCGGCGCCGGUCCGUCAGGCCUCGCCGUCGCCGCCACUCUCCGGAAGCACUCGGUGCCCUUCACCAUCCUCGAGCGCUCCGACGACAUUGCCGACCUCUGGACCAACCGCACCUAUGGCCGCCUCCGUCUGCACCUCCCAAAGGUCUUCUGCGAGCUUCCCCAUGUUCGCUUCCCUCCCGACUUCCCCGCCUACCCGAGCAAGCAUGACUUCCUCCGCUACCUCCACUCUUACGCCGACCACUUCUCCAUCUCGCCGCUGUUCGGCCGCACCGUGACACGGGCUCGGUUCGACGCGGUCACGUCGCUGUGGCAUGUCACCGCGGUGGUGGAGGGUGGCGAGGUGACGGAGUAUGUGUCGAGGUGGCUGGUGGUGGCCAGCGGGGAGAACGCCGAGGUCGUGGUGCCGAGGGUGAAGGGGAAGGAGAGGUUUGCCGGGGAGGUGCUACACUCCAGCGAGUACAAGAGCGGCGAGAGGUUCAAGGGCAAGAGGGUGCUGGUUGUGGGUUGUGGCAACUCCGGGAUGGAGAUGUGCUUGGACCUUUGCGAGCACGGUGCAAUCCCUUUCAUGUCUGUUAGGAGUGGGGUGCAUGUUUUGCCAAGAGAGAUGCUUGGAAGCUCAACAUUUGGCAUAGCCAUGAAUCUUCUUAGAUGGCUGCCGGUAAACCUGGUGGAUCGGUUCCUCCUGCUCGUUGCAAAGAUGAUCCUUGGAGACACCGAAAAGUACGGUCUGAAGAGGCCCAAGCUGGGGCCUUUGGAGAUCAAGGGCGUCACCGGGAAGAGCCCUGUUCUGGACGUGGGAGCAUGGUCCUUGAUCAAAUCUGGAGACAUCAAGGUGGUGGCAGAGGUGGAGUCACUGGGGUGCAACGGGGCAAGGUUCGUGGACGGAAACGACAUGGCCUUGGAUGCCGUCAUCUUCGCCACCGGCUACAGAAGCAACGUCCCGUCCUGGCUCCAGGACGGCGAGUUCUUCAGGGAGGACGGCAAGCCGAGAUCGCGCAGCCCCAGCAACUGGAGAGGCCCCAACGGGCUGUACUGCGUCGGGUUCACCGGCCAGGGCUUGCUCGGCGCCGGCAAGGACGCGCUAAGGGCCGCCUCCGACAUCGCCGGGAGGUGGCAGGAGAUGGUGGCAGCAGCCGCGCCUGGAGCGGCCACGAUCUCCCCAGUGUGA